AUGGGCGGCAGUUGGAGACGACACGACACGACACGAGCGAGGCCAACAAUGAGUGCGGCCGGGCGAGCACAUGGCGGCCAGCACGUCGACAAGGCCGACGAGGGCCUGAUGGCAGCUCCCGCACAUGACGGCACACAGGCACAUGGACACAUGGCGACAUGGUACGCGGGAGCAGACUACCUGUCGUCAAUCAAAGGGGACCGGGAACGCACAGAGAGCAGUGCAGCAGCCGUGGGUAUUGAGCGGCUUCGGCGCAUGGGCAGCGAAAAGGCCCAGGAACGAGGCACGGCGGGUGCAGCCAACGAGCUCAGUGGAAGAAGAAAAGAAAAACACAGCAGUGGGAAGCUGGAGGCUAGGCGGGGGGGGGAGCAGAAGAGUUGUCUCGAUGAGCAGCAGGACGACGAGGACGAGGAGCAUGCACAUGUGGGGAGGGAUGAUCGCCAUGGAGUAUCGCGGUGGCUGGCAUGGUGGCAGGGAUGGGGGGUGAUGUGCAAGCGAGAGACUGCCAGUCGCGCCGUUCGAGUGGCCCAAGGAAAUUCUACGACGUUGCACUGUGUGGCCCGCACCCCCGUUCACCAUCCCUUUAGCCACCACGCCGGCCAGCAAAUGAGCCUGCUAGCUCGGCAGCCUUCCUCUCUGACAGCAGCACUAGAUGUCGCCAUGGCCCUAGGCGCCCUCUGCCCGGGAACUGCAUCGCAAUCGCCAUGGCCGCGCCUGAUCGCCCAUGGCCGUGCCGGGCCUGGUACCAGUCCAUGUCCGCCAUGCUCGCCCCUCGCCCCCAGUGCCUGGACUGCCCGCCGCCUGUGCUCACGUGCUUGGCGCCUUCACCCUCCGUGCGCUCCCUGGCCGCCCCCCGGGCAGUUCCCGCCUAGCACAUGA